AUGUCAACACCCACACCCACAACCCUGCGCAGCCUCUACCGCUCCCUCCUCCGCGAACUUCCCCCGCGCACCUCUCGCACACCCUCGCCUUUAGCCACCCACCUGCGCACCACCUUCGCCUCUACCCCCGCCACAACACCUACGUCUUCCCUCACCACCGCCAACCUUGCCGACUCUACAUCCACAUCUUCUACCAUUACCGACUUCUCAGGUUUGGAUGCUGCAGGAGCCACGAAGACAGCACUGCAACAAGUGCAAGAGGCUGAACAGCUUGCGGCCUAUUUGAAGGCGCAAAGGACGUAUGUCACUCUGGUGGAAAGAUAUAACCCUGGUAUGGACAUGAGUGAUGAGGAGAGGGUCAGAUUGUCGGCGAGGAGGGUGGGUAUGAAUUUGCCUGUUGAGCAUCACAAAGAGUGA